AUGUCAGAGUUGAAGACUGACAUUUCACAACCGGAACAAUAUGAAGAUCCAGUGGCAAUUCCAGGCCCUCAGGAUCCCGUUCCCAUGACAACCAAUCCUGUUUAUUCCCUGGCAAGUGCACCAGACUACGAACUUUUAUCAAACACUUCGACUACCGGUGAGAGUCCAAUUGUCAAUGCAGACCAUUUGGAAACCCCCGGAAGUGCAGGGUAUGAGAAUUUCGGAAUUCCUGGAAGUGGCCGGAAACAAAGCUAUGACUUUGUAGAUGCAAUCCAAUCUGGAUCCCAUGAAUACCAGCUAGUUUCUGAAAUUGCUCAAAUUAAAGAAAAGAAUGUUACUUCUUACGAGGGUCUUAUUAAAGAAUACUCUUUCGAAGUCACGGUUAUACAGACCCCGGAUGUUAAAGAACUUGGCUUGACAAAUCGCUAUAAGCUAGUUUUAGGAAACUUGUCCAUAAAUCUCCAUCCAAGGCUAGGAAAAACUGAGAGAUCCACCAAAUCCGAGCCGAUUUACAUGUGGUAUUUCGCAGACAUACGUAGAUACAGCUUCAGCAAACAAAAGCACGAAUUCGCAAUAUACUGUGGUCGCAGUUGCGCAACACCGGAAAAGGUUAUUUGCUUCCGGGUGAAAACGGAUCUUGUACAACUUUUACAAGUAGUGAAUGAAAAGACGGGAGGAGCAUUUGAGGCGGAACUAGCGACUAUAAAAGUUAAAAAACGAGUGUGUACCAUUUCCUGAGAGUUCCCUUGUUUUUUUAAGCAUGCAAUAAUUCGUCGCGUCUAAUGACCACAGUGGAAGAGAAGAGCGUUUUGGGGAAUCGAGUUGUGUCAUUGUGGUUAUAGGAAUUUGGACGUGAUGACAACGUUCAGCUGAAAUAUUAAAGCACUUAAUUUCUCAUCUUGAAUCAUUUUGUGUGUGCACAAUAUUACGAAGUCUUUAUUACGUAAAUGUACUAGGACUGAGCAGGGAAGA